AUGGAAGGUCAAACAGGGGUCAAAACUAAUGACCCUGACAUUUGUGUGGAGCACAAAGAAGGAAGUCAGGAAGUUAUGACCUCUGAUCCUUCUCAUCAAGAUUUUGAAGGUCAUAUAGAGGUCAUUUGUGAAAUUAAAGAUCCAAAUCUUGCCUCAGUUGGACAGGUCAGUGACACUGAAGGUCAUCAGGAGGUCAGUUGUGAAAUUAAAGAUGCUGAACCACAAGUAAAACAAGAGGCAACAGAACCUUUAGAAAGGACUUCAUCAGUUUCUGUAUCCAAUGAUGUAAGGCCAGAAGUUGCUCCCCUUGGAAAUGAAUGCUUAAGUGAAGGACUGAAGGCGAUAAGCAGAGAGAUCCCAACCCCUAAUCCCUCAUGUCAGGGGCUAGUAUUCAAGGAUGUGUCUGUCACCAUGGGUGAUACAGACGUCCUAAAUGAUGUGUGUGGGCUUUGUGAGGAAGGCAAACUUCUUGCCAUCAUGGGUCCAAGUGGUGCUGGAAAAACUACCCUCUUGAAUACUUUGUCUGGUCGGUUGCCAGUGACAACAGGCGAGAUUUCCUUGAAUGGAGAACGUGUCUCACAGAAAAUCAAACGGAAAAUUUGUUAUGUAUUACAGGACGAUAUAUUCUUCCCAAGUCUGACUCUUCGAGACACUCUAAAUUUUGUAGCCUCCAUCCGUCUUCCUGAUUCACUGUCACAUGAUCAGAAGAUGUCAUGCCUGGAUGAGAUUAUCGACUCUUUGGAACUACGUCAUUGCCUAGAGACCCCCAUGGGAGGCCCGAUGAUGCCAGGUCUGUCAGGCGGAGAGAGGAAACGGGCCAACAUUGCUUGUGAACUUCUGACGGAUCCUUCACUCAUUCUUCUUGAUGAACCAACGACUGGCCUUGAUUCCAGUAGUGCUGCCAACUUGAUGAGAACAAUGAAGGAUUAUGCCAUCUCCCACAAAAAAGUCAUCAUCGCUACGAUACAUCAGCCCUCCACUUCGCUGUUCUACUUAUUUGAUAACCUCCUGCUGCUGUGUGGUGGACAGACUGCCUACUAUGGACUUACAGCAGACGUUGUUCAGUAUUUCCGCAGCAUACACUUUCCAGUUCAACCUGGUUUUAAUCCAGCUGAUUUUAUUUUGGAUAAAAUGAAGAAUAGUACGACAGUCCAACAGCAGAUAAUUGAAUCAUUCAAGGACUUAAGACGGUCAGAGCAAUGGUCGCCAGUUUUACGAGGCAAAGCAAGAAACUACAUUGAUGUCGAUGACCAAGAAUCACCGAGCAUGUUGAAGGAGUUUACUUUUCCAGGCACAUCUAGGAGAAAUAGAUUUCUGUGGUCCAGAUGCUGCUCGAAGGACGUUUAUAACACCAGUACUUAUUAUUAUUGUGAUGUAAGAGCUAGUCUGAUGGACUUAGAGGAAAGUGUAACGGUCAGCGGCGCGCCUAAGUUUAAUACGUCUUUCUUCACACAGUAUAAACAUCUCACUAUCAGGACUUUCAAACAAUCCAAACCACGCAUCCUUGACAAACUCAAACUCCUUGAAAAUAUUCUUAUCUGUGCCAUUUUCAGUCUUAUUUGGUUUCAGCUGCCACGUACUGAAGAUACACUUAGGGACAGGAUGGGGGCAAUUUUCUUUAUUGCCAUACACUGGGGUUUCAUGCCAUUUUUUGAUGCGACAAGUUCAUUCCCGAUGGAACAGAUGGUGAUCUAUAAGGAGAGAGCCAGUGGUUGGUACCGACUCUCUGCCUACUACUUAGCAAAAAUGACCAGUGAACUGCCCCUCAUAUUUGCCCAGCCGUUGUUUUUCCUCGUGGUGGCCUACUGGGUUGUAGGGUUGAAUGGUGCUGUGGCUUUCUUUGCUACCAUUGGAACUGUGUUUAUAGACUCAUUAGCUGGACAGAGUAUCGGUCUGUUCCUAGGGAUCAUAAAUAAAGAGAUGCGACAGGCCAUUACUGUGUCCAUUCUCAUCCAGAUGUUAAUCAUGUUACUCGGUGGACUUUUUACCAGAAACUUGCCGUUUUGGUUAGAUUGGCUGAAGUACCUGUCUUUUCUACACUACUCCUUCCACUGCCUCAUGGUAAUUGAGUUCCAGGAUGGACCUCCUAUAAUGUGCUCUGAAAAUCGUAACACGUCUAUUUUUGUCGGAUGCCGUAACCCUAAUACCACCUCUGUGCCGUCACACCUUGCCUUGGAGUAUUUUGAUGUUACCUGGGAUUUCUGGCAGUAUUUUCUUCAGCUCUUUACAUUUAUUCUGUUUUUCCGUAUCCUAGGUUACCUAAUGUUGCGCUUUGUCAACAAACCAGACUAGAUUACAAUACUUGAAAUGUUUUCCAGGGAUCAGGUUAUUCUUCUAUGUUCAUUAA